CAGCACAGGUGUUUCCGCCCCGUACACGAACCGCGAAAAGGAAAAAAAGUUUGCGCUGAGAAAUGUCCGGAAAAACUAUCAAAAAGAUGAUUCUGGACACUCUGGAGGACCUCAGCCAGGACCAGUUUGCAAAGUUUUGCCACCAGCUGCUGGACCGCAGAGAGGAGCCUCGGGUCAAACGGAACAAGGUGGAGGGAAAAAAAUGUUUAGAGGUCACAGACGUCCUGGUGUCCACGUUCACCGAACGCGGAGCUGUUCCGGUGGUUUUGGGGCUCCUCAGAGACAUUGACUGCAACGAGGCGGCGGAGACACUCGACAGAGAGACAUGUGGUCAGUCCAUGGCAUCUGCUUCUGCUUCAGGAGCCUCAGCAGGAGGAAGCGGACUGGGAGCAGCAGAAGCGUCCACAGGGAAACACUUUGUGGACGAGCAUGAAGCUGAACUGAUUCAACGAGUGAGAAACAUUGGACCAAUUUUGGACCAGCUACUGGCCAAGGGGGUUGUCAAUCGAGAAAUGUAUGACACAAUCAUGGGUCUUCCCACCUCACAGGCGAAGAUGAGGGCGGUCUAUAAUGGACCCCUGCAAGGAGGUCAAAAGUGCAAAGAUAUCUUCUAUAAAUUACUCCUGCAAAAUGAAAGUUUCCUUGUUGAUGACCUCAAGAAGUGAUCAUCCCAUCUUCAGAUAAAUGGUGCCCUCAUCAACAUGUUUUUAAUAGAAUGCUAACGUGCCUGAGAGGGUUUAAAAGCAAACAGCUAUAUAGUGUGUUUGUAUGAAAUACUUAAUUUUAAAAUAUGAUUGUUAUGGCACAUGCUCCGAUUAGUGCAUUUAAUUUUAAAAACAAAACAAUUAUUUGAUUCUAAAUCAGAGGUAUAUCAUAUAUAUUACAGAAUCAUACCAGAAAUUAAUCAUGUUUUUUUAGCUAACAAAUAAGGAUAAAUAUGACUCUCUUAUGUAAAAUGAGACUGAUAAGAAAACAAGUUUUUCCAUGUUAAGUGGUCUUUUUAAAAAAAAAAAAAAUUCAUUUAUGCAGAUUCACCAUUUUAUGUGAUUUUUUUUAUUGGGACUCUCACUUUAUGACA